UGCCCUGCUGAGGGUGGGGUGCUCGGGUGGGGGGUGGGGUACCAGAGCACACUGCAUCCAGCUGAGAGUGAAAUUCCCUGAGAAAAGCCCCUUCCUGUCACAGCACCCACAGCGCUCCAAGCCUGCUCGCAGCCCAACAGCCUCUCCGAGAAUGCUACAUUUAAAAGUGCAGUUUUUGGAUGAUUCCCAGAAGAUUUUUGUGGUUGAUCAAAAGUCACCUGGAAAGGCGCUCUUUAACCUGAGUUGCAGCCAUUUAAAUCUUGCGGAAAAGGAAUACUUUGGAUUAGAAUUCUGCAGCCAUUCUGGAAAUAAUGUUUGGUUGGAACUUCUCAAGUCCAUAACCAAGCAAGUAAAAAAUCCUAAGGAGGUUGUUUUCAAAUUUAUGGUGAAAUUUUUCCCAGUGGAUCCUGGACAUCUUCGGGAAGAGCUAACAAGGUAUCUUUUCACUCUUCAGAUAAAGAAGGACUUGGCUCUAGGACGACUUCCAUGUAGUGACAACUGUACAGCGUUGAUGGUGUCUCACAUCUUACAAUCAGAAUUGGGAGACUUCCAUGAAGAAACUGAUAGGAAUCAUCUGGCACAAACCCGGUAUUUACCAAACCAAGACAGUUUAGAGAGCCAGAUCGUGCACUUUCAUCAGAAGCACGUAGGUAGGAGCCCAGCGGAAUCUGACAUUCUGUUACUGGACAUUGCAAGGAAGUUAGACAUGUAUGGCAUCAGGCCUCACCCUGCUAGUGAUGGUGAAGGGAUGCAGAUCCAUCUGGCUGUGGCUCAUAUGGGAGUCCUGGUGUUACGGGGAAAUACGAAGAUAAAUACUUUCAACUGGGCGAAAAUCCGUAAGUUGAGCUUCAAGAGAAAGCAUUUUCUUAUCAAACUUCACGCCAACAUCCUGGUGUUAUGCAAGGACACGUUGGAGUUCACCAUGGCCAGCCGAGACGCCUGCAAAGCAUUCUGGAAGACUUGUGUGGAGUACCACGCUUUCUUCAGGCUUUCUGAAGAGCCCAAAUCAAAGCCCAAAACCCUCUUCUGUGGUAAAGGGUCCAGUUUCCGCUACAGUGGAAGAACACAAAGACAACUUUUGGAAUAUGGGAAAAAAGGGAGGUUGAAGAGUUUGCCAUUUGAAAGGAAACAUUAUCCAUCUCAGUACCAUGAACGACAGUGCAGGUCUUCGCCAGACCUCCUCUCGGAUGUGUCAAAACAAGUGGAAGAUCUGAAACUAGCCUACGGCGGUGGCUGUUACCGAAAUGUGAAUGGAGUGCAUGCCUCUGAGCCGGUGCUAGACAGCAGGAGGAGGAACUCUGCCGUGGACGUGACCUUCGCAGCAGAGCUGGAGCGCUCUAAACCAGAGGCUGAUCCCACCCUGCUGCAUCAGUCCCAGAGCAGUUCCUCUUUUCAUUUUAUGUAUACAGAUUCUGUCUUUAACCCUGAUCCUGAUUCUGACACUGACUUCUUUGAGGAGAAGAGCCCACUAAGCUCCUUCCAAACAAGCUAUAAGUUUGCUGACAAUUACAUGAAUACACCUUCUGGCCUCACAAGCAAAGUGAGUCCAGCAAGGCAGCUGACUUAUACAGAUGUGCCCUACAUUCCCUGCACCAGCCAGCAGGUAGAUAUUAUGCCUCCCCAAGUCUUUUUUUAUGUGGACCAGCCACCCCAGGUGCCCAGACGGUCUCCAAUCAUGACAGAGGAAAGGGAAAGGCCAGAGAGUUAUCUAGAACCCUCUUCAGUGAAACCAGCUAAAAGAAGUCCAAGGAACAUCAGAAUGAAGAGCUUGCAGCAAGACUUGCAAGAACUCCAAGAAGCUGUGGCAAGGACUAGCGGGAGGAGUAGCAUUAAUGUGGAUCUCGAAGAGGAAGAUCCAAUGUUAGAAGAUGCAUUUGCAUGUAACCCUCGAGAGCUAACUCCUAAAAGGUCCCAGAGUCAUUCAGAUAUGAAAACUAUCCGUUUUCCUUUUGGGUCUGAAUUUAGACCUUUAGGGCCUUGCCCUGCUCUGAGCCGUAAAGCUGACCUAUUUACAUACAUGUUUGCAGAACAGGAGCUUCCAGGAGUUCUAGUGGGUCAGGGGGCAACAGAAAGAUAUGUAGCUAGUGAAUCCAGUGAUUCUGAAUCAGAGAUUCUUAACCCAGACUACUACUCCCUGUAUGGUAAAGGAAUAAAGUCUCCCAUGGCCAGAAUCCGCCUGUCUUCUGGAAGUCUACAGUUAGACGAAGAAGAUGAAGAUGCUUCCUUCAACACAUCAAGUGCUGAAGACAGGACUUUGCUAAAACCAUGCAAUUACUUUUUAGCCUAAUAUUGUGAACUCUAUGAGCACUUCUGGGCCAGUUCCAUAGGAUCACCUUAGUCUCAAAAGGAGGAACCUCUUUGUUUAAGCCAUUUUCAUAGUGACUAUUAAGUGGCAUUAAAGGAAUUUCUAAUUUUGAAUUCCUG